CACAGCCAAGACGCCCCUCCAACCAGCAGGCGGCAGAGGGCACAGAUGACCACAGGGCCCCCGGGAGAGGCUGAAGCCACCAGCAGUGUCCCCCAUGGGCCUCCCGGGGCCAGUGACAGGGCUGGGGACACCCCAACUGAAGGGUCCCAGAGUCAGGACCCCCUCCCUGCCGAUGCCUCAACAGCCGAUGGCUCCGCAGGGUCCCAGGAUGUAGAGCACGAGCCCAAGCCACCCUCCGGGGACAAGGACAGGAACGCAGCCGCCGGGGGCAGCAGCCCAGAGGAGCCAGAGGAGGUCUCGCCCCUGCCGCAGGAGCCCAGGGGGGAACAGCCGAGCGAGGACGCGAGGGCUCCGAGCAGCGCGGCUUCCUCGGGCGCCCCGCCAGCUCAGGAAGAGAAGACGCGGGAGGCGAGCGCCGCCCCGGGGCAGGCAGAAGCAGCGCCGGACCCCGCGACCCAGGGGGCCGCCGCCCCGGCCACUGCACAGGCCCCUGCGGUGCCCGGACCCGCUCGGGACGCAGCCGGGGCGACCACAGCCGCGAGCCCUGCCUCGGAUGUGGGCCCAGCUCGGGGCUUCCCGAGGUCGCAGCCGCUGGACCCCGCGCACUACGCGGCAGCCGAGGAGACCGACUACAUGCGCUCGGUGACCAGCUUGCUGGGCGCGGGCGAGAGCGCCAUCGGGCCGCUGGCCGACGUCCUAGCGUGGCCCGAGGCCACCGUGGGCAUGGGCCUGGCGCUCGGGCUGCUGGCCACCGCCCACGGCUCCCCCGCAGACUUGCUCAGCGCCGAGGGGCCAGACCUGCGCUCCAUCUCCAGCAUCCUGGGCGGGGCCAGCUUCUCCGCCUGGCUGCGGGAGGGCACCGGCUCGGCCCUGCGCUCCCUCACCCGGGCGCUGGUCUCCGUGGAGCGGAGCACCCGGGAAGGCCUCCGCUCAGCCCUGCGCUACCUCGCCGGGAACCUCUGCCCACGCGGGGCCGCGGCUGCCCCCGGCGCGGGGUAG